CAUUCGUGAUGAAGUCAGCGUAAGAGGUACCAGUAAACGAAGAAGCAGAAGAAGAAAAAAAGGACAAGAAAUAAGAGCACAAAGCAUAUAUGCAUAAAAACUAUUCUUCGAGUGUGUGCGCGUGUUUUUGGACUUCGUGAUAUUAUUAUAAUAUACCUGAUCCGUUCGUGCGGUUUAACGGUAAUAAGCAAAUUUGGAAGAACAGGAAAAGAGUAGAUAAUUGAAUCGAAGGAGGAUGAAGUUUGAUUAAUAAAGGGGUCAAAAUUUGACGUAAUCUUUGUGAGGCGAUUUAUCUUAUUCUUUUGAGUGAAAAUCUACGCCCGUGCAAGUUUAGAACAGAAGAAAAAGAAGAAGACGAGUGAAAACAGGAAACAGAGGCUGGAUGCAGAGCAACCCAGUGGCCUGCGAGCCAAAUGUUAUGAGCCUUUGAGAACUGCCGUUGGCAGUCGGUGGUACGGGUAUGGAGUAUGGCGGUGGUGGCGUUGGAGCACGUGGGGGUGGCGGGGGUGUUCAACCCCCAACAGUAGCGCGAGGUAUGGCAGGAACCGACACUACCGAUGCCGCGUGGCACAAGCACGAGCAAAUGAUCCUUAUGGAAUCCAGGCAGAAGCAGCAAAUGAGCGCAAGACAAGCGGUGGGUGGAGCGCCCCUCUAUGGUCGACUCGUCGCUGAGGAACCACUGCCCGCCGUCUGCAUUGGACCCGGGUGUAGCGCCGGGACGGUGUCGGGGGAAACGCCCGCCGAUAUCCACGCGAUGCAGGCGCGAAUACCUCACCGGUUUCGAGACCCUGCAAUGGCACCCCUUCGCAAGCUUAGCGUCGACCUCAUCAAAACGUACAAACACAUCAACGAGGUAUACUACGCCAAGAAAAAGCGAAGGGCACAACAAUUACAGGGCGAAGAUGGGUCCAAUAAAAAAGAGAAAAAAAUUUAUAACGACGGCUGGGAUGAUGAUAAUCACGAUUACAUUAUCAAGAAUGGCGAGAAGUUCCUUGAUCGUUAUGAAAUCGAUUCUUUAAUAGGAAAAGGAAGUUUUGGCCAAGUAGUAAAAGCCUUCGACCAUGAGGAACAAACCCAGGUGGCUAUAAAAAUAAUAAAAAAUAAGAAACCUUUCCUUAACCAAGCGCAAAUUGAAGUCAGGUUACUGGAAUUGAUGAACAGAGCAGACACCGACAACAAGUAUUAUAUAGUUAAAUUGAAAACGCAUUUCACAUGGCGAAAUCAUCUGUGUUUGGUAUUUGAGCUACUUUCCUAUAAUCUAUAUGAUUUAUUGAGAAAUACCAACUUCCGAGGUGUAUCUCUCAACCUGACGAGAAAGUUUGCCCAGCAGCUAUGCACUGCCCUGAUGUUUCUGUCCACACCGGAAUUGAAUAUCAUACACUGUGAUCUGAAACCUGAAAAUAUCUUGCUUUGUAAUCCAAAAAGGAGUGCAAUCAAGAUUGUAGAUUUUGGGAGUUCGUGCCAACUUGGGCAGAGGAUAUAUCAGUAUAUUCAGUCUAGGUUUUACCGCUCACCUGAGGUCCUGCUUGGAAUACCUUACAACUUGGCGAUAGAUAUGUGGAGUCUUGGUUGCAUUUUGGUGGAAAUGCACACUGGAGAACCCCUUUUUAGCGGGGCUAACGAGGUUGACCAAUUCAACAAAAUCGUCGAGGUACUGGGAUUGCCAUCAAAGAUCGUAAUCAACCAGGCACACAAGAUGAGGAAGUACUUCGAAAAACCAACGGGGGAUGGCAUUUAUGUACUGAAAAAAUCAAAAGAUGGCAAAAAGUACAAGCCACCUGGUUCACGACAGUUACACGACAUUCUCGGUGUUGAAACUGGGGGUCCCGGUUCUAGGAGAUUAGGGGAAGCUGGUCAUUCGGUCUCUGAUUACCUCAAGUUUAAAGAUUUGAUACUGAGAAUGUUGGACUAUGACCCAAAGACGAGAAUAACGCCGUAUUACGCGCUCCAACAUAACUUUUUCAAACGAACAGCUGACGAAGGGACCAACACAAACACAGCUCCAACUAACAACGCGAAUAUCAGUCCAGCGGUAGUUCCAUUGAGCCAAGAUCACGGACUGCUAACCAUGGCAGGACCGAGCAGUGGCAGCAGCAGCUUAAUGCAAAUGCCAAGCCUCCCUGGUGGCUAUCAACCAAUGGAGUGCGAAUCUUCACCGCGUCACUCAGGUAGCCGGCGUGCCAUAACUUCACGUUAUACGUCAACAACCACUGGGGUCUCUACGUCCGCCGCAUCAUCUAUGCAAUCCAUGGAUGGGUCUCUGAUCCAAAACUCUCUCAGCUCCUACAAUAGCAUAAUACUUCCCGCCAUACCCCACUUGCCUAGCAUGAUGGCUUCUCCCAUGAUUCAACAACAAAACUACUACAAUUAUGGAUAUCCAGCAGCUGAUGCACACGGAAUGAUGAGACAAACUUCAACGGUCACUUCUGGGAAACAAAGAGAUCCGGAAAGAGAAGAUAGUCCAAUGGUUGGAGUGUGCAUGCAACAAAGUCCCGUUGCCAUCCAUUGAAUGAAAUCGCGGCGACAAAUGUGGCGCAAUAGCAACACUGUGAAAUAAUGUCGUGAUUCUGGAAUGACAGUAUAUAAUCAUCUGACAACAAUUUCAGAUUUGAGAAAUUGUUUUUAAGUAUCCGUUAGAAAUCGACGAGAGGACUAAAGCGUUGGGUAAACAUAGAAUCCAUACAAGAAGAAAGUAUAAAGUGAAAAUUUAAAAAUGCAGAAGAAUAAAAAAAAAAAAUAGAAUGAAUAAAUACUAAUUAUUAAAGAACAUCAUUGCGAAUUACUAUCAAAUUCAAGCUUUGAUUAUUUUUUUACGUUGGUUUUUAUGUUUGGAUUGGUUUUGCAACGUGAAACAAGUCUUGGAUGAAAUGACAAGUUUAGAAAAACAUUCGAAAACUCUUAAUUCAAUAGACAACUCUAAAGACUUAGAGAUAUAUUGACACGAAUCUUUGUUCUACAUGUAAAUAAGAAAUGGGCAACUGAUGUUUAUCGAAGAACACAUCAACGAAAUGGUAUAUAUUGGCAUGUUCGUUCGUUAUAUCUACUUUGGCAAUUCGAACUUUAGUUCCCAGCCCUUCUUCAGAUGUUCAGAAGUUUGUUAACUUCGAUGACAAUUCAAUCUGUUGUGAUUAAUUUUUCUUACCACUGAACAUUACGAGAACGGAAAUAAUCACCACCUUCAAAAAAAAUAUAAAACUGAAUGUUGGAAAACGAAAAAAAAAAGAAGGGAACAGAAAUGAAAACACAGAAAAGACAUUUUCCAGUUGCAGAAUAAAAAACAAGACCGCUUUUAUGAACAGGACAGACCUAACAGCGGGUAAAGUUGACGAUCAAUCGAGAGAGAUUAACAAAUGUUCGGAAGCGGACAGACACGGCCUAGUGUGGAUGAACCCAAUUGGCCCUUCGGGUCCUGCCCGAUUCAAACGAACAUUGAAACAGUUUAAUCGGUAUCUGUUUAGUAAAUGUCGGCAUCCCAACUGUGUGGCCUAGAGAGCAAGAAAAGUGAUAAUUAUUAUUACUGCAUAAAAUAACGAUGUAAUCAUGUACUCCAUAGAGUUUUAUACAGUGUCACGAAUGUAAUGGUUAGCAAUUAUUAAUGAGAAAAGAAGACAGUCGCGUUGAAUGCUAGAUAUUUGUACAAUACACUUAGGUGAACGAUAAGAGAGUGCAGCUUUAGGAAUUAGCGUUUAAGUAUAAAACUAUAAAACUGACUCUUUUGUUUACUUCAUUGAAAAAAAGUAUCGUCAAAGUACGAUUCUUGCGCAAAAAUCAGUUUGUUGUUGAAAAGGACUUUAAACGAACGAGGCUUGCGCAGCUUAACAAUACAUAUUUAUACAUAAAAAAGCAUUAAUCAGGAAGUUAACAUAUACAUGUAAGGUUGAUCAAGAAUGGUAUAAUCGUACAAGAAUUAGAUACUUUAUAAUAAACAGUACGGGCUAUCACAUGCGUAAAACAUAUACAUGCAUACAUACAUACAUACACACAUAAAUAAAUUUCCAAUGGAUCGAUCUUGAUUUUUGCCGUUUGCUCUUAUCGCUCUGCUUGUGCUACUUUCAUGGAUUUAAAAGGGUUUUCACCUAUUUUCUGUAAAUUUGUAUAGUACGUAAAGAAACUAUCCAUCUAAUUGAAGUUUUUCUGUUGAACGAAAGUUACGUUUUGAAAAUUUUCCUCCGAUUAUGUCGGUUUAGUUUUGCAAUGUGUUAUUUUUGGAUAGCCAUCAAGCCAAUGUUGUAUAUUAAUGUACUACCAAGAAAUUUUCAUUGAAUUUGGUCUUUAAUAGCUGCUACACAAAAUCUAUCGCUUGCAAGCAAAGAUUUACAUAAGUCUUACAUUGCUCGUUGUUGGAACUGAUAGAUAGAUCAUCAGGGCUGUCGUAAUUCACUAUUUUUAUGCAAUUGAUAUAAACGAAUUUAAGAGAAUAACAAAUUUUGCUGGCGAAGCGAUAAUUCACUAUUUUUGUGUAAUUGCUACUUCAAGAAAGACUGCUCAUUCUUACACACAGCAAAAUUUUUUAUUAGCUCACAGAUACCAAUAUAUAUUGAUUUCUUGUUACUGAAAAUUGUUAU